AUGGGCCCGACCGGGACAGGCAAAUCCACGUUCAUCAACCUGGUGAGCGGCUCGAGGUUAGGAGUAGGAACAAACCUUCAGUCCGAGACGGCGACUAUGCAGGUAUCUCAGCCUUUCAAGCUCGGCUCAGAUCGUGUCGUCCUGGUCGAUACACCUGGGUUUGAUGACACGCUGAGACCCGACAGAGAGAUACUCACUAUGAUCGCGAAAUACAUGGCUGAGCUGCAUUGGAGGGGCGUCAAGAUCAAGGGCGUCAUCUACCUGCAUCGUAUCACCGACAACAGGAUGGGCGGCACUGCGUUGAGGAACUUCAGGAUGUUUGAGGCCCUCUGCGGGAAAGACGCAAUGCGAAACGCCGUCAUCGUCCUAAACAUGUGGAAUGAACUAGGGAACGAGAUGCGCGAAGCGCGCGAGAAGGAGUUGCGCGAAAGUGACAUCUUCUUCAAGCAUGCUGUAGACGCAGGUGCGGACGUCAUGCGCCACGACGGCACACUAUCGUCUGCGAGCACCAUACUGGUGCAUCUCCUAAAGCAGAAGCCAGCGUCUCUUCAGAUACAAAGGGAGACGGUGAACGAGACCAAGGAGAUAUCACAGACGGCAGCUGGCAUCAUCCUGUUAGGGGAGCUUGCGACGAGGGAAGGCAAACAAGUCGAGCAGUUGCAACGCCUACGCAGAGAGCUCGAGGAAGCCAGAGAGGAGCUGCAGGACGAGAAGGGAAGGCUGCGGGACGCUGGCGCACUUGUCAGACGGGAUCCUGAGUCGGACGGAGCACAGUCCCUCGGACAGAGGUGGUGGGGUCGCGCACUACGAGUGGUAACUAGAAGACAGACAGCAUGA